AUGAAAAAUGUAUCAAAGCUUUACUUGGAUGGCACUGCUAUUACAAAAUUACCAACAUCAAUUGAAAAUUUGACUGGGCUUGUUUCAUUGAAUGUAAAAGAUUGCAAAAAUCUCAUGUCUCUUCCUAGCACCUUUUUUAAUAUGAAGUGGCUCGAAGAUCUCAAUCUUUCUGGAUGCUCAAAAGUACAGGAAAACUUGGUGAUUGAGAAAAGGGUAGAAGAGGUUGAUGUGAGUGGAACUGCCACAGGACUUAUGGCUUAUUCCAAUACUCUUUUUCAAACUCUUAAAACACUAGCUAUAGGUGGAUUUAAGCUGAGAAGUUCCAAUCACAUGGGCUUGUUAACGACUUCAUUAUGGGGCUUGUGUUCUUUGACCUGUCUAAAUCUAAGUUAUUGCAAUCUCAAUGCAAUCCCCAAUGAUAUUUGUUGCUUAUUCUCUUUAAAAUAUUUAUAUCUAAGCGGCAAUAAUUUUAGUUGUCUUCCGGAAAACAUUGCUCAACUAUCUAGGCUGUAUCGGUUGGAGGUGAACAAUUGUACGAGUCUUCUAUCAUUGCCAAAGCUUCCAUUAAAUAUUUCUUAUAUUUUGGGAAAGGGUUGUACCUCACUAGAAACUCUACCAGAUCUAUUACCACCAAAUUCUCCAUUUCAGCGUUACCUCUACCUUACAAAUUGCAGUAAAUUGGCUGAGAAUCAAGGCUUCAUUGACAAUGGAUUGCUGUUUUUUGCAGCGAUAAUAAGUUCCCUUCGGUGCCCUCGCUCUGAUACCCAUUACUACAGAUAUAACGGUGUUAUCCCUGGAAGUGAAAUUCAAAAGUGGUUUACGCAUCAAAGUAUUGGGGAUGAGGUUAGUAUUCAAGAACCUAAUUCUCUUUUGUGUAAUGAGUGGAUCGGGAUUGCUGUUUGCGCAUUAUUUUGUUCUCAUCCACAUCACCAAAUCCUAAAAGAAAGUUUACUUAGCUGUUGGUUGAUAGUCAACGGAAAACAAAUGAAUCGCGCACCACUCACGACUGACUUUGUUCCUUUAUCGGAUCACACUUGGCUUCCUCAAUUCUACGAGGAGGAAGAAAUGAAGAAAUCAUUGUGCGAAUGCGAUGCAAAUGGAUUUAGUGAGAUUGGAAUUAAAAUUAAAAAUACUCGUGAAUUUUCGAAGGUCUCAUUAAUGGUAAAGAAGUGCGGGUUGCGAAUGGUAUACAAGAAAGAUAUUGAAGAUCUUAAUUUCGACAAUUCGACGGUGGCGGCAAUGGCAGGUUACAAAGCCAAGCAAACUCGUGAUGACUAUGAUGGGGUUGGAAGCUCUAAUUACGAACCUCACCCAAAAAAGGAUUGA